CCCCCUUCCCCCACGCUCUCUCUGUGGCUGUCUCGCUCGCUCCCCCACUCUCCCUCUCUCCCCUCACCCCCGUAGGUGCAUCUUCAAGCGGUUGAGGUUUCUGGGCAGCAAGCUGCUGUCGCAGGUGUUGACUCUGCUCUUCCUCUCCGUCUGGCACGGCAUGCACUCCGGCUACUUCAUGUGCUUCUUCAUGGAGUUCCUCAUUGUCUACCACGAGGACCAGAUGCUCAAGCUGAUGGCGGAGAGCCCAUUACUGAGCCAGCUGACGUCCAGGGCGGAGCUGAGGCCCCUCGUCUACGUGGUGUGCCAGUCGUUCCACUGGCUCUUCAUGGGUUACUCUCUCCUGCCCUUCUGCCUGCUCUCCUGGGAGAAGUGGGUGCCGGUGAGUCCGAGGGGGAGGUCGGGGAGAGGGGGGUGCAAGUCUGAGUUCCCAGGCCGGAGCAACUUAAUGGGCUGAGUAGUGAGAGGGUUU